AUGUCGCUCGACCUCUCCAUCAACAGCUCGCGCGAUCUGACCCUCGAGCUAUGUACCUUCUUCAGCAACCUCACGCUCUCCGACCUGCCAGCGGACCUAAUCCAAAUGGCCAAAGCGAGCAUACUCAACAGCAUGGGGUGCGGGCUUUCCUCCUCGCCGUCGUCACUCCCUGCGGCCGCCAAACUCUACAAAGCGAUAGAUCCACUCUCGAAAACUCCACGCCAGGCAACAGUGCUGGGUAUGCACGAGCGCGCAACUCUCGACGACGCAGCACUGCUGAAUGGCAUGAGCAUGACGGCCCGCUUCUACGACGACACGCAUCUAGCCACGCUGGUGCAUCCUUCUGGUCCACCCUUAGCUGCCAUCUUGGCGUAUGCAGAAGUAAAUGGGCUCAGUGGCCAGGAUGUACUUCUGUCGUUCAUAGUCGGCGUCGAGACGGGCUUGAGCAUCGCUCACGCGCUCGGGCUCGGCCCCUACAAGAGGGGCUGGCACAUGACAAGUAUAGUCGGCUCAUUUGCCGCUGCCGCCGCAGUGGCAAAGCUCAUGAGGCUCGACGCCCAAGGAAUGGCGACGGCACUGGGCCAUGCGAGCAGCAUGACUAGCGGGUCAAGGAACGUGUUCGCCACCGACACCUUGAUCAUGCAUGCGGGACGGACGGCACAGAAUGGAAUUCUCGCGGCGAGGUUGGGGAGGGAGGGUUUCGGGAGCACAACCCACGCCAUAGAGAAGUGGAUUAAGUUGAUUUCUUCGACGGACGAGGGCACCGAUGUUAGCCGCAUUGCCGAGUUGUUAGAUGCUGAAAAGGGAGAGCGCUGUUGGCUGAUCAUGGAGAAUGCAUUCAAGCCGUAUCCUUGCGGGAUUGUCAUCCAUCCGCUCAUCGACGCUGGAAUUGAAGCACAUAAGUACUUCUUCAAGGACGGUCAAAGUCCACUGCGCAACAAGAAGUCGGAGGAUGCGCUCGAGACGUUCACCAAGAUCGAAGCGACGGUGACUCCGAUGACGAUCCGUCUCUGCGGCGUCCAGCAGCCUAAGAAAUUCAUGGAUAUCAUCUUCAGCAGCCACCAUGGUCUAAUUGUGGGUCUCAUCUACGGCAAGGGCGGCAUACGAGAGUACUCGGAGAGCGUCGCGAACGAUGCGCUGAUUGUCGGACUGAGAGAUCGCGUCACUCUCGUGCCAGACGAGGCGGUGGAAGAUGACCAGACGUGGGUCAAAUUCUGGUACGUUGCGGCCGACGGAACGGAACAAGUGAAGGAGAUCCGGGUUGAGCAUGCACUGGGGUCAUUGAAGAACCCAAUGACAGACGAGCAGCUGAAUGCGAAGUACACGGACCAGGCAGCCGAAGGAAGAUUGAAUGAAGGUGAUAUUCGCAAGAGUAUCGCGCAGUGCUGGGCGAUGGACGAGAUCCCCAAUGUUCAGCCCUUUAUGCGGUUAUUGGUACCAGGACCAGGGUCGAGUUCGUAG